AAUGGAUCAAUAUACAGUUCUUGGUGAAGGUGCUUAACAUAUUGUCUAUUAAUAUAUUGGCAAUGAUCCCACUCUUAAAGAUAAGGUUAUCAGAAUUCGUAAACCAAGGGAUAUUUGUGAGAUUUCUAGUAAUCUCAUUCUACCUUUCAAUAAUACAGAUUGGACUCCUCUCAAAAAGUAUUUUGCAAAAAAACAACCAUACUAGAUAGGAGAUCAAUAAUGUUAAAUUAUGGACAAUCUAUUUUUUAAUGUUGUUUUUGCGGUGGAAAUCAAACCUAAAACAUUUUUACCAAUUUUAUCUAACAAAUAAGAAAAUAAAGACUUAUGUGAUCCUAAGAAUCAAAGAUUUUUUAUGAUCUAACUAUUAAAGGCUUAAAAGAAAUUACAAAAAAAUGGUAAAGAUAUUUAUCAAUGUACAAAAAUGGAAAUCGAUUCAUUAAUCUCAAAAUAUGACCCUAGAAAGUUUUAUAAUGGUAAGAUUGAAAAUCUAUUUGAUGCAAUAAUUGAUUUAGCAGAUAUUCCUGAGAAUAAUUUUAGACUCUUUAAUAAUUAAUAGAAACAUGUUUAAAACAUUGAAGAAUUUAAUAUUGAAGAGGUAAUACAUAAUAAUUAAUUUUUAGAUAGCAUCAAUUAUUAGUGAAACAUUACUAUUAGAGGAUCUUAUCUAAUAACUCAAAGGAUUUUUUCAUAUGUUAUAAUAAAUGAAUCUUACAGUUGAAGAAACAUAAGAAGCUUAUGAAAAAUUAAAAUAAAAAAAAUUAACUAAUAAAUAAUUUUAGGAUAUUGUAGAAGGAAAGUGUUAAGAUCCUGAAAUAUAAAAAAUAGCUUUUAAAUUGUUAACCUUUUCUUCCUUUUAAGCUUUAAGUGAUUUAUCAAUCAUUGGAAGUUUUAGAAAAGAAGGUUCAGGCAAAUUUGUUGAGGUUGGAAAUUAAAAAUUGUUUUAUUAAUAUUCAAUAGUUGAUUGUGAUUUGAAACCAUUAAAUAAAAUUGAAGAUUACAUGUCAACCAUAGAUGAAUUAAUCAAAUUGAGAAAUUAUUAUGAUUCUCUUAAAUGAA